AUGGUUGAACUACGCAAGCGCAAGGUCACUGAACAACCUCCCGUGGUAGAGAAAAGGGUCAAGAAAACUGCCUCCACCGCCAAAGCAUCGACUGGAGCAAGCGCGAAGGGACGAUCCACCUCGGCGACUUCUCCAGCAUCCACCCAUAAAGUCGGAGACAGAGUCGCGUUGGAUGACUUUGGCGGGCAGAUCGAGACCAACGAUGGAAAACAGACCACAUUGAAGGAACUGGUCAACAGCAGCCAAAAUGGAGUGGUCCUGUUUACAUAUCCAAAAGCCUCUACUCCAGGUUGUACGAAGCAAGCAUGCAUGUUCCGCGACAGCUACGACCACCUGACGUCCACUGGAUUAUCAAUCUAUGGGCUUUCGGCGGAUUCACCAAAGGCGAAUAGCACAUUCAAAACGAAACACAAUCUCCCUUAUCCUCUCCUCUGUGAUCCUACAUUUGGCCUGAUCGCGGCACUGGGACUCAAGAAGUCACCCAAAGGUACGAUCAGGGGUGUGUUCGCUAUCAACAAGAGUGGCGAUGUUUUGCUGUCUCACACGGGAGGACCAGACGCGACUGUAGAGGCUACUCGACAAUUGGUCGCUAAUCAUAAUGACAAGACAUUCACUGGGUACUGGGCUAUUGAAUCACGGUUUUAUGUGAACGGGGGCCCAGCAGUAGUUAAAGAAGGCCAUCAUCUCGGAGGUACUAUUCUUCCGGUGGUGCCGACACUCGCCAUUUCUCCUGAUUGUCUGGAGGCCUUGACCAACACGGCAGAAGGUGAUUGUGUAAUCCUUGUCCGCCAGCAGCCAUUCCAAGUAUUCACUAGACCGAACAUGGCUCGCGGCUAUCUCAACGCGGCCAAGUCCGCAUCGAAUGUCAUAGCCGUUAACAAGAAAUAUACCCUUCAAUCCGUCGGAGUAUGGGAACGGAUUCGCCGCGUCUUUUCCAUCGAACCCAACCGUUCAACCGGUGUGCCAUUGAACUCUCAGUUUCGACUGCCGACCCCUGGCUCUCUGCCUCCGCUUAGCUAUGAUGACCCGGUUACUGUACCGGCUGGUGAUAUAGCCGACAACCCGUACUGGAAGCGCGAUGUUCGGAGGAGUUACCCCCGGCUCAGUACCGUGAACCAGGCCGAUGCCGUUGGUCUUCUCAGCGUCGGUAGCCAAGCAGCGCCCAAGGAUGAUGUUCUGCAAGUCGGUGAGGCCGGAGAGAAGCAGCUAGUUUCAGUCAAGCAACAGGGGGAGCAGCGCGGCUUGGCCGGCCUGUUCGAAAAGGACAACAAGGGCAUUAAAAGUGUCUUGGGUGCCAAUGGUUUGCCGCCAAUGCCUACCAACUUGAAUUCCUCGGCCUCGAAGUAUCAGCUCGGCGAUGAUCAUGGCUACCCCGAUGUGUAA